AUGCUCGUUAAUUUAAGGAAGAAGCAUAUAUUAGCUCUAUAUUUCACUAUUUUAAGGCCCUGCAUAACUUUGGCUCAGAAUAUGUCUUCUGGUUGUGUCGAUACCGAUAAGUACUCCAUAGCAUAUGUAACGGUUCCAAAUACUGAUGUUGGGAAAACUAUAGGACAUGGGCUUGUUAAAAAUAAAUUAGCAGCAUGUGUUAAUAUUAUACCACAAAUCACAUCUAUUUAUGAAUGGAAAAAUGAAAUAAAUGAAGAUAAUGAGGCAUUACUAAUGAUUAAAACACGAACAUCGCUUGUGGAUCAGUUAACAGACUUUGUUCGGUCAAAUCAUCCAUAUGAGGUUUGUGAAGUUAUUUCAUUGCCUAUAAAAAAUGGAAACCCUCCCAACAAAAAAAGGAGGGAAAAAAAAGCGCGAAAAAAAAAAAAAAAUUAUUAG